UCUCUCACACACACACACGCGUAACUGUAUCAAAAAGCUCAACCAAGAAGAAGAAAAGUCAACAACCCAGAAACCCAUCCGACCAGAAAAUUUACAAAACCCCAAACAACACAAAAAGAAACUGAGAAAUGGGUUUGAAGUUUUACCUGUAGAUGCUGAGGUUGAGCAACAAUCAAGAAUCAUCUCAAGAAGUCCAUUUCCGUGCUUGGAUAGAAGUGAUAUUUCUCAGAAUGGUAGUACGAGGUUUCAGUUCACAGAGGAAGCAGUUAAAAUGGAACGUCCAGUGCCACCCCCACCACCUGUCUUGCCCAAACACACCGAGCUCUCGCCACAGCAGUUUGCUUUCCUGGAGGAACAUUUCCGGACCCGAGAAGAUCUGCUUGUCGGAGCUCCUCAUGUCUCGGCGGCACUCAACCAACGCUGCGCCGAUCUGGACGCCGAUCUCCUCCGCCUCCAGAGAGACCUCUCGAAUCGCGCCGUUUCCUGGAUCUCUCGCUCCUUCGCAGCCAGGACCUCCAUUCACCGCCUCAAUCUUAAGCUUGAGAAUCUCAGCCUCCGCAGUGCUCCACAUGGGAUUGGUUCCAAGGUAUGGCGUGAAGAGCUGCCUUGGCUUGCUAAGAAAGUAAGGCAAAUAGAGGGUAUUCGCAAUUAUGUUGAGACUUCUCUACGAUUGGAAGCUCUGGUUGGGGAUCUUGAAGAUGCUGUUUUUCGUGUCAUGAAUAGCCAUUCCGGGACUUUGUUCUCAGCAAAGGACUCUGGACCAAAGCAAGAGAAGUUGCUGCAAGCCAUAAAAACCAUGAAUGAUAUUGAACAAGUGUUGAUCAACAUUGUGAAAUUCCAGCCUCAGUGGUGUAAUCUUUUGAAAUCUGUUGAUGCUAGAGUAGAUAAAAUUUUGGCUGUUCUCAGGGCACAAGUUUUUGCAGAUCACCGAGCUGUUCUUGCUUCCCUUGGAUGGCCACCAAAACUUUUGACAUCUAAAAUUGAAAGCAUACAAAUAUCUGGCAUCCCUAACCCUCUAGGUCUGAUGCAAGGAGACAAAAGAGAGAGUUAUUCUCAUAGCUUUGUCGAUCUUUGUGCUUUGCAGCAUCUGCAGAAACGGAGGGAAGAGCGACAGCUUAAUCUUUUAGGAAGAAAGGAGUACAAUAUGCAGCUCUGGGCGAUUGAUGAACUGGUAUCUCCUAUUGCAUCCCGGAUGGAGUAUCACUUCUCAAAAUGGGAUGAUCAGCCCGAGUUUAUCUUUGCUCUUGUGUAUAAAUUUACAAGAGAUUUUAUCGUGGGAGUGGAUGAUUUGUUGCAGCCUUUGAUUGAUAGAGCAAGAUUGUUAAGUUGUAGUGCUAAAGAAGCUUGGCUUUCUGCAAUGAUCCAAAUGCUGUCUGGGUAUUUAGCAAAGAACAUUUUCUCUGGUCUUGCUGAAAGAUACAGGCAAAAGCAUAUGAAAUCUGAAGUUAUGAUUUCAUGGCUUCAUCUGAUAGACCUCAUAGUUGCUUUUGAUAAACGGAUGCAAUCGCUUGCAAAUUUGGAAACAUGUCUCUUCCUGGCAGAGUCUGAAAGGUUUGAAGGGCUUUCAAGAGGCAUAUCAGUAUUAAUGAUAUUCUGUGAUAGGCCUGAUUGGCUAAAGAUUUGGGCAAAGAUAGAGCUCAAGGUUGCUUGUAAGAAGCUAAAAGCAGAACUGAAAGAUGAGAGAGCUUGGAUAAUUGAUAACAAACAUGGAUCUGCAUUGCACAUCAAUACAAACACUGAGCAAUAUCUUCUUUCUACAAGAGAAUACCAUAAAGCUCCAUCCAUUUCAGAAUCUGCCCUUAAAAUUUCCUGGGAAUUGAUUGAGCGAUGCCAAACUAUGCCGGACACAUUACCACGUCUAAAAUUUAUCAGAUCAGCUGCAGUCAAAUUCCUCUGGUACUUUUUUGAAGUACUGCGUUUGCGGUUCCAGAGGACCGAAUUCCCUCCUGUUAAUUCUAAUGAUGAUGCAUUGAUCAGAUUAUGCGGAUUAAUUAAUGCUGCCAGAUAUGUUGAAUCUAGACUGCAAGAAUGGAGUGAUGAUGUGGAGAUUCUGGAGAUGAGAAUUGCCGAAAAUGAUUCUAAUCAUCGCGAUAAAGAUGGAAGUAUUGACAACAGUUGCUUUUUUGGACAAGAAAUAGAAAACUUAUCUGAGCUUGAGACCAAUUGGCUUAUGGAGAUAAUUGCUGUUAUUCUUCGUGAAUUCGAGUAUCUUUCCUGGGAAUAUGUCCAAAAUAAGGAUCAUUUUGAGCAAAAGCAAGCAGCUUUGACUCCAGUUAGAUUACCAGCAACCGUGGAUCUACCUCUAUCAACUGAUUUUGUUGAAGCAUUAGACGUUCUUAGAAGUCAGCUGCACGUUUUGAAAACGAGUCUCAAUCCAAGAGACUUUUUAGAUUUAUGGAGAAGUGUAGCUGAAGGGCUCGACCAUUUCAUUUCUUGCAGCAGUCUGACAAGUGAGAUUCAAUUUUCUGACCGUGGGGUGAGUCAGUUUGAAACUGAUAUGCAAGCAUUGUUAUGUAUAUUUCAGCCGUUUUGUGCUCGGCCCCAAGCAUUUUUCCCUUGUAUUAAAGAGACUCUUAAGCUGUUAAAUAUGAACAAGGAAGAGGUAAGGCAUUUGCAAGUGGUUUUAUCCACUGGUGAAAAUGGAAUGAAAUGCUUGCAUGUUCAUGGAAUUUCUCACCUCCCUUUUGAUCAAGUUGAUCAUCUUUUGAGGAACAGGAAGUUUGGAACUUGAUAUUCACAAGGAUAUUUAUUUCUUUCCUUCCAGCUUGUUGUAGUUAGAAGUAAUUGGUACUUUCUUUCUAUGAUUAUUAAAUUUACCAAUGCUCUUGUUUGAAUGCA